GUUCAAAACCUGACAGCACUUGGAGAGAUUCUGACCAAAACUCGCCCACGCGCUGGCGAUUGCAAUCGCCCGGUCCAUCACACACAUUCCGUUACGCCACAGCAAACGUCUGUCAGUGCCACGUGGACAUCUUCUAUGGCCACGAAGGGCCCUUAACUAGCGCCCACUCGUCUCGUUACUUAUUUUCAAUCAGAAAUGGCGGUAGUACCUCUCUUCGUCACGGCAACGAAGCUCGCCGGAUUAUUGGCCACCCUCACCGUCGCUGCCAAUGUCUUCUCUUUCUCACGCUACCGGAAGAAGAAUCUCCGGCCGUUCCGCUCCCCGAUCGACGAGUCCUCCGACCCUCUCGCCGACUUCAAUCUCAACGAAGGGGAAGAUGGGUUCUUCUUUGGGUUGGCGACGGCUCCAGCACACGUUGAAGAUGGGCUAAAUGAUGCUUGGCUUCAGUUUGCGCAAGAAAAUCCUUGUGACAAAUCAGAGUCUCAAGGUGAUCGGCAGACAGCUGAUGCUAUAAUGGGUUCCGCCACUGGCGAUGGUGGGUCUCAGUCAGCUCCCCCAUCGGGAAUUUCUAAGAAAAAGAAGCCUCCUAAGAUAGCUAUGGAAGCCAUGAUUAGAGGGUAUGCAAAGUAUAUUAAAGGGGACACAGGAAAAGAAGAAGAAGAAGAAGAAGAAAAAAAAAAACCUGUCCCAAAUGAAGAAUGCCAUCAUAAUGUAGCUGCAUGGCACAAUGUUGAGCACCCAGAGGAGAGGAUAAAGUUCUGGUCCGAUCCUGAUACAGAGCUAAAACUGGCUAAAGAUACUGGCAUCAGUGUCUUUCGAAUGGGAAUAGAUUGGUCACGAGUCAUGCCAGAGGAGCCGCUCAAUGGGCUUACAAAAACUGUUAACUAUGCUGCAUUGGAGCGAUACAAGUGGAUCAUCGGCAGGGUUCGCUCAUACGGAAUGAAGGUGAUGUUGACCCUCUUCCAUCACUCAUUGCCACCAUGGGCUGGGGAGUAUGGAGGGUGGAAAGUGGAAAAGACAGUUGAUUAUUUCUUGGAUUUCACAAGGCUUGUUGUUGACUGUGUAUCAGAUAUGAUAGACUAUUGGGUACCAUUCAAUGAGCCUCAUGUCUUCUGUAUGCUUACCUAUUGUGCGGGUGCAUGGCCUGGUGGCCAUCCUGACAUGCUGGAGGUUGCGACUUCUGCUCUACCAACUGGUGUUUUCAAACAGGCCAUGCAUUGGAUGGCCAUUGCACACUUAAAGGCCUAUGACUAUAUCCACGAAAAAAGUACCUCAUCCAAGCCAUUAGUUGGAGUGGCACACCAUGUCUCAUUCAUGCGGCCAUAUGGUCUCUUUGAUGUUCCUGCUGUUACACUGGCCAACUCCAUGACUGUCUUCCCAUAUGUGGAUAGUAUUUCUGACAAGCUGGAUUUUAUUGGCAUAAACUACUAUGGACAGGAAGUGGUGUGUGGUGCUGGACUGAAGCUAGUAGAGACUGACGAAUAUAGUGAAUCCGGACGUGGGAUAUACCCAGAUGGCUUGUACCGCAUGCUGCUUCAGUUCAAUGACAGAUAUAAACAUCUAAAUGUACCCUUCAUAAUUACUGAAAAUGGGGUAUCUGAUGAGACAGAUGUAAUCCGUCGGCCUUACCUGCUAGAGCAUUUGCUCGCUGUUCAUGCAGCCAAGAUCAUGGGUGUCCGUGUGCUUGGUUACCUGUUUUGGACUAUUUCUGAUAACUGGGAGUGGGCAGAUGGGUAUGGUCCCAAGUUUGGACUGGUAGCAGUUGAUCGGGCCAAAGAUCUUGCCCGGGUUCCACGUCCUUCAUACCAUCUAUUUACUAAGGUGGUGACAACAGGUAAAAUUACACGUUAUGACCGGGCGCGUGCAUGGCACCAACUCCAAAUAGCUGCUAGAGAAAAGAAAAUGCGAUCCUUUUAUCGGGCUGUUAAUAAAGAUGGUUUGAUGUAUGCAGGAGGCCUUGAUGAACCUAUACAGAGACCCUAUGUUGAAAGAGAUUGGCGAUUCGGACACUAUGAGAUGGAAGGUCUUCAGGACCCCAUUUGUCGCUUAUGGAGAUUCAUGACCCGACCUGCCACCCUAAAAUUUAGGAAAAGGAAACCCCAGAUGGAUGAAGAGGAUGAAGCUCUAUUGGCUCUCCAGUAAGGCGUAAACUCUGAACUCAAGUACGAGCAUCUUUUGUGAUUGUGCAUACUUGUGGUUCCGUAUAGUUUAUCUUACAAAGUUUUUCAUACGCUAGGCCUCGCCUGUAAGAUCAGGUUUAAGGUAAAGGAUAUUGAUCCAGUAGUUAUCAAUGUCAAGGCAGAUUGAUGUAAAAUGUAAUGCAUGACUAUUGCAAAUAUUAAUCUUCUGGUGAAAAACUUAUACCAAGGUUCAUCGUAGGCCUUUGUGAAGGAAUUGUGUCCUAAAACAAUCAUUUGAUGUAAUUAUUAUUGUAAUUAUUAUUAAUCAAAAGGGCAAGUUUAUUGUUCA